CGGACGGACGGACGGAAGGAAGUCCAACAGCUCAUGACCAUGACAGAAGUCUACCAUCUCACGACCAUGACUUUCAUGAGUAUCGCCGAAACUUCUGGCAUUGUAGCAUGGCUGACUAUAUUGCGAAAGCGCAAGCUCAUCGCGUCAAGCGUGAUGCCGCCAUCCCUCGAGAAUACCUCGUAGAUCUCUCUGCUCUUGGAGUGCCCGAACUGCCCGAAGAAUCUUUGCCUCUGCCUUAUUCCAAGGCGGAACCUUAUCAUCCUGAGCCGACCACGAUCUAUCCCAGAGAUAAUGUGACAUCAAUCCCUUCCAAGGUCCUUUCCGCAGAAGACGUGACUAUUACUGAGACGCCGAUAGACAAGCUGUUGGACUUGUUGGCUACGGCAAAGCUCUCGUCGGUGCGAUGUACCGAAGCUUUCCUGCGACGGGCAGUGCUCGCCCAGCAGCUCACCAACUGCGCUACUGACUUCUUUCCCGACCUGGCCAUGUCGAGGGCAAAGGAAUGCGACGAUUACCUUGCCAAGAAUGGAAAGCCCAUGGGGCUGCUACAUGGCCUCCCCGUAUCGCUCAAGGAUCAGUUCCACAUCAAAGGCACCGUCGCGACCAUGGGUUACGUGGCUUGGAUCAACAAGGCUGCCAAGCAGAACAGUGUCAUCACCGACGUGAUGCUCAAGGCAGGUGCUGUGCUCUAUGUGCGUACUUCGAUCCCACAGAGCCUGAUGCGCUGCGAAACGCACAAUCACAUCUAUGGACGGACGGUCAGCCCUUUCAACCGCAGCUUCACUCCCGGAGGCAGUAGUGGUGGCGAAGGCGCCCUUGUCGGCAUGCACGGCAGCCCGCUCGGUCUGGGUACUGACAUCGGUGGAUCGGUCCGUGUCCCCUCUGCAUUCAACGGCCUGUGGGGUAUGCGACCGUCGAUGCAUCGAGUCCCUUACGAGGGCGCGGCAAACUCCUUUCUGGGCCAAGAGAGCGUCUCCUCGGUGAUUGGGCCUCUGACGCACUCUCUGGAAGGCGUGGUGACCUUUAUGCGAGCCGUGCUGGCCGAACGACCGUGGGAGAUGGACCCGAUCCUGGUCAGCAUGCCAUUCAACGAAGAUGCAUACGCGCUGAAGAACCUGCAGCUCAAAGCAGGUAGUGUUGAGCCGGCCGAGGUAUUUUCCGGCGACGGCAAGGCCCAGCUCUGCUUUGCGAUUGAAUGGGACGACUGUAUCAUCCACCCGCACCCACCAAUCACCCGCGCCCUUCGCGAGGUCAAGGAGAAGCUGAUCGCAGCUGGUCACAAAGUCAUCGAUUGGGUGCCAUAUGACCAUCUCCGCUGCUACGACAUCAUAGGCCGCAUCUACAGCGCCGACGGAGGAGAGGACAUCAAGAGGACGUGUGAAGAAGGAGGCGAGCCCGUCAUGUACAAUCUCAUGUCCGAUGGCAAAGAACCCACGCACCUAUCCACCUACGAGUCCUGGCAACUUAACCAGGAGAAGAGCAAGUAUCGAAAAGAGUAUCUCGACUACUGGCAGAACACCACGAGCCAGACCGGCACCGGUCGACCCGUCGAUGCCAUCAUCGCUCCCGUGAGCAAUUGGGCAAGCUGCAAGCACGAUCUCAAUGACCACGUGAGCUACACGACACAGUGGAACCUCCUCGACCGACCCUGUGUCGUAUUCCCCGUUGACUUCGUCGAUCCGAAGAAGGACCCCAAGACCGCGCUGGAGCAGCCGUACACGGCUCUUCCCGGUGAUCUCGAUGCGCUCUACUGGAAUCGCUAUGAUCCCGAGGAUUGGGCCGGCAUGCCCAUCAACCUUCAGGUCGUCGGCAAGCGACUGCAGGACGAAGAAUUGCUCGGCCUUGCCAGGGUGAUUCGAGACGCCGGUGCAGCCUUGCAUUAGGGUUAUGAAAUCUGAACAUAAUUGAAAAACUUUCGCUCCCUGAGUGCCUUCGCUGUUUCGCUCCCUUUCAAAAUGUACUCGUCUCGCUAGUAUAAACCGUGUGACGCUGAACCACAUUAGACCUGUUCAAAUGACGGAUGCUUCCUUCAUUUG